GCCAGCUGGGCCCCCAGUCCGUGUUUGGCAUCUACGCACUGAUGUCUCCGGACCCCCCACCUCGAGCGGCGCCGGUCGGAGGGAUGGAGCCGGAGGGCGGGUGCCCGGCUCCCGCCCUGCAAGGCCCACCUGCACCCAGCGAUGGAGAGGUGGCGCCUCCUGGCCCUGAAGCCCCCUUCUGCGUGGAGGAGCCCCCUCUCUGCCCGGGAGAGGAGGGACAGGAGGCGGUGGUGGUGUGUGGCCCCCAGGAGAGGCUGCCUGAAGAUUCCCCGGUGGUGGUCCGGACCCCAGCCUACUCGGUGGAGCUGCCUCCGUGCCACGGGGUCCCGGGGCCCACUCUUGGGGAGCUGCCGGCCACGGAACAGGAGGCGGUCCCCGUGGUCCCCCUGGAGCCCAUGAGGGAGCUCCCCAUUCGGGGGAAAUGCCUGAUCUACAACUGGCAAGAGGAGAGAGCUACCAACGACCUGGACCGUGUGCCCUGUUCCGAGUGGGGCACAGAGGCCUCCUUCUACCGGCACGGGCACCGAGGGCUGCUUACCCAGCAGUUUCUGGCUGGCCUGAGCAGCAGCACCACCAUGAAGGACGCCUUCCGCAAGCCCUGGAGGACUGGGCUCCCCAUAAGAGGGCAGCGUGAGGCCAUGCUGGAGUGGCUCCUGUACCAGAAGCACAGCAAGGAGGUGCAGGAGCAGGGCGACCCUCCGUGUGGGCCCAUGGAUACCAUCUCCACCAUGCAUGACCACUAUCGCAAAGAGGGCUUUGUUUCGGUGGCCCCUGCCCCCACCAAGGUGAGAGAGAGGCAAGUGCCCCCCCCUCAGGGUGCUCAUUCUCCUCCUCGGCAUCCCCCCAACCCCCCCCAAAAGGGAGCAGGAGGAAGAGGAGGCUGCCAUGUGACUCUUGCCCUCUCUCCCCCCCACCAGCCCCACGACUACCGCCUGGAGCAGCCGCAGACCUUCUGGUUGGAGCAUUGCCGACAGGUGCCGGGCGUCUCCAAUAUCCGGACUGGUGACACCCCCUUUAAGAAGUGUGCGACGUUCACAACCCCCACCACUGAAUACCUCGACCAGCCUCUGCCCUACGGCCCAGAGAACUACCCCAAGCUCUAACAAAAUAAAGGGGCCAGCUAUUGACAGAU